AUGGCAUCACAACCCUACCCCUACACUCACUCCCCCUCCCUCUCCCCCCUAUCAACCCUCCCGCCGCAAUCCCUCUCCACGACCAGCGACCCUCCCAUCGCGCACCUCAUGACCAGCGUCCUCAUCCUCCGCCAACAACCUCAUCAACCCCCUUCUCAAUCUCACCCCCAACAAGGCACCACCACCACCACCACCACCACUCAGCCUCCAAGCCCUCCUCCUCCUCAGAUCCUCCUCCUCCGCCGCUCCCCAACAGACUCAUACCCACUGAAGUGGGAAACCCCCGGCGGCUCCGUCGACCCAACCGAUCCAUCCAUCCUCUCCGCCGCCGCGCGCGAGCUCCACGAAGAAGCCUCCCUCUCGAACCCUCACUUCCACGCCACCGUCGGCAUGGCCCGCUGCUGCUCCUCCUCCGUCAACACCCAAGAGGAAGCCGCUCAAAUGGGCGGCGAAUGGGGCAUUCCCCCUGAAGAGGAAGACGCCAAGGACGUUGAUGUGCAGGGCGUCAUGGGCUUGCACAAGAUGAAAGUGACGACGUUUCUGGAGACGCGCAACGUGUGGGGGAAAAUAAACUUUAUUGCUACCGUGGAUGAGGGCGUGAGCGAGCGGGUUGUGACGGAUCCCGAGGAGCAUACUGAGUGGGGGUGGUUUACGGAGGACGAGGUCAGGAGGGGCCGCGCUUGGAGGAGGGUGGUGGAUGAUAAGCAUGAUGAUGAUGGGGAGGGGGAGGGGGAGAUGAGGGAAAAGGUGCUCGAGUUUACGAGCCAGGCCGUCUGGGGGUCGAUUCUGGAGAGCUUUAGGGUGGGGAGGGACUUGGGAAUCAUUGUGUGA